ACCACCGCAGCCAAGUGGUCCCGCACAGGAAGUCCAUCCUUGUUGUUGCUUCCUUUUGCACUAAAUCUCAAACCCCAUUAGUCAAUCACAAGUGCCACUCUAACUUGGAACCAUAAAUCAAACUUACUGUCGCACAGGGACAUUUAGUGAGGAAUCCUUGCAUUUUAUUCCGUGUGUGCUGCAGUUGGGGAGAGCUUUCCAAUCCAACCCACCCUCUGUGGAGCUUUUUCACGCGCAUUGGGUGUGUGUUAGCAAUUCAGUGAACAUUUACUGUGCUCUGUGUGUGUGUUGAGAUGGACUUUAGGGGAUUUUUGGGAUGAUCCUCGAAACUGUAUAUUGCUAUUUUGCUGCGGAUUUUUCUGCCCACAAUUGCAUUCCCGAAAUUCCCGCAGUAGUGGGUAGAUUAUGUGACAAGAAACACUUGACAAAAUACACACAAAAUCGAUUGUAAAAAAAGCGUCAGCAGUGUCGCAAAAUUGGGUGGCUCUCGUCGCGUGUGUGGUGUACUCCUCCAUACGACAUUUCCCUCCACACUGUGGAUUAACCCCAUCAAUUUAUGAGGGAAAUGGACACGCAAUUUUCCAUGCGUGUGAUGUCACAUACAUAAUAUGGAGAGAAAUGCAUAUAAAUUAGUGGACUUUUUGUUAUUUUUAAAUUCAGUGUUUGAUAUCCCAGGAAAAAGAGUUUAUUAGUGAUUUUUAGUGAUGGAUACCCCGAAAAUUUUCGAGCUUAUUUGAAAGGCCUUCACUGUUCAUUUAAUAUGCACAAAAUGAAUCGUAAAUGUGAACUUCCGUGAGUUAUGGGGCAAAGAUCUGCGUGAAGUGGUGUUACUGAAAUCUGUGGAUUUUUUUGACGGAUUUAGUUGAAUUCGAAUAUUUAUAUUUAAAAUUUAUUUGUAUGAAGAGAAAAUUAACGCAAUGGGUGCUCAGUGGAAACGACCAGAGGCUUUCCCCAGAUUUAUUUUUACAAAAUAUGCACGGUGGAUAAUUUGCCGAGAGCAAUUGCGUUGAGGCGAACUUUAAAAAUAAGCCCAAGCGUGAGGUUUUGGUGCGUGUGUGAGUGGCGGAAAGUUCAUCUGCGUUAUGCUAAAAGGGGGACCAUCUGUGUAGCCGGCAUUUGUGGUAACUCUUGAGCAAUGUUCUGGGGACUAAACCGCAGCUGAGAAGUACGAGGGACGCAUCAUGGCUGACCUUCAGGCCACCAUAGAGUUUGUCGUUGAACUCUACAAAUUCUACAAUGUGGAUCUCUUUCAGAGAGGACUCUACCAAGUACGCUGUUCGCUGCGUGUCACCCCGCGUUUACCCGUGCAGGUGGAGACGUGCAUCCCCGAAAGCUCCCCAGGAGUGUCGCAGCAGCAACCCAAUUCGCCCACAUCCACCUCCACACCGUCGGCGUGUGUCGUGGGCGGUGCCGGCGCCUCUCGGGUCUUCCAGAUUCUCUACAGGAAUGAGGAGGUCUCACUUCGGGAUGUCAUAAUGUUCCGGGCACAUCUUCUGGUUGACAGUCGACAUUUGAAGGAAUCUGUGGAACGAGCUGAAUUCUCUCUUCAUUUGGAGCUGUGGUUCGGAGAGCAAACGACCAAUGGGACUAAUUUAUCUCUUGCCUCAUCUCGGACCCUCCAGUUGAACUUUCACCCCGGAAGGGGACUACACUACCACCUACCUGUGCUCUUUGACUACUUCCACCUGGCUGCCGUGAGUGUGGGCAUUCACGCAAGUCUCGUAGCACUGCAUCAGCCUUACAUAAAUGCCCCCCGGAGUACGAAACCAUGGAUAAGCAGUGGAAAGCUCAACUGCCGUGGCACAAUCUCACCCGGUCCACUUGAAGCUGUUUUCUUUGGGCCACAAGUUGGCAUGGGAAAGGCAAAAUGUGGCGGAGGAGCAGCUGCUCGGCUAGCGCAAGCGAGAGAGAUUCACAAGGAGAUUUGUGCCUUGCUUAUGGGAGCUCUGGAGUCCCUAAAACUCACCUUAGCUGAAUUCAGUACUGUCCUACCGCAUCAAUGGGCCGCCGUAAUGGGUGUCUCACCACAAAAUCUCUCAUCUACUGGUGAAGCAGAGCAGAGGCUCAAGAAAGUUGUUGAACUGGCAAAAUUAUGCGACUCUGAGGAUGAUUUUACGGCACGUGCAAAUUCAGACAUAGCCCAGCUAUGUGCAGAAUGUAUCCUCAAUUGGCGCAGAGUUAUGUCCUCGGCAACACAACCAAGUGUCCACGGUCUCCUGGCCAAGAAGCAUCAUAUCCUGCGUGUUCGACGCUUCUCGGAGGGUUUCUUCGUCAUGGAGCACCCAAGACACACAACGGCCAGUUGCUACGACACUCAGUAUCAGAGUUAUGUUAACAUCAGCGAAAUGGCCAGGAGAUCACGAUACCUGUGCUCCCUUCCACCCCUUCCUGUUCACUGUACCCCAUUGGAUGGGGACGCCAAUUCGCUCCCAAUGAUAUUUGAGGAUAGAUACAAAGACCCCAUGGAGUACUCAAGACGUCGCAUUGGAAGUGAUCCCCACAUCAAUGGACGUGAGUUAAUCCUCAAGCCAUUGCAUCAGGGUCGGGGUAGUGGAUUCACCACCCAGGAAUGCUCUUGCAUAAUACCACCACCUCCUGACGCUUUUAAGGGGAACAUCAUUGGCAUCCUUACGCCAAAGUUAGCCCUUGGAGGUGAAAUUCUCCAAGCUAGUCUCUCAAUUGCUCCGGCUGCACAUAAAAAUCACAUUCGCUACCGCACACUGUCGCGUCAUUCGGUUUCCACGCUUCUCGAUGGGGAUGCUCAUUGGGAGCCACAGCAGGGAGGCACAACGGUGUGCAUAAGCAAUGGUUCGAGUUUGCCGACGAGGCACAGUAAAUCACUGGAUCAGCUUGAAAAUCAACCCACCACACCACUUGAUGGAUAUCGAAGUGUCCACGAUGAGAUACCGCGAGUCCUUUCCUCACAACCCACAUCCCUGUCCAGUUCACAGCGAAGAAGAACACACGGGAAGACAACGAAGAGUGCUGAGGAUCUUCUGCGGAAUAUCAAUGAAUUCCGGCAGAAGUACAAAAAUCCCGGAGAUCCUUCCAAGAAGAUAACUCCCCACGGGCUAGCACAAUUCAUAAAUGGCUACGUUAACGGACAUCAGGAUAACCACGUGGCGACGCUCAAUCGGAAUCACGAAGUACGUGAACCCCGAGACUAUGUGCACGAAAUGAAGCAAGACGGGAAAGGAUGUCACUACAAUUCCCUACCGAAGGGAUCAAGUAUGGGCCUACCACCUAGGAAUGCCUAUCAUCCUAUUCGGGUGAAAAAGCACAAAUUGCAAAAUGGCAAAGACACCAAUGGCGGUGUUCAACGACGAAAUUCCCGAAGUUCUAGCAAUAGUUCCCGAUCAAAUGGGAAAAAGAUGAAUGGAGAGAAUCAUCAUCAUGCCCCUGAAACAUCAAGCUCUGAUUCUGAUUGCAGUUCGAGAACACGUAAAAGACAGCGACGCCUUCUAUCGUCAGCCAGCGUGCCUUUUAAGCUGGAACUCCUAGAGACAGAUCCCACAGCAACACCCGGUAUAAGUGAGAGCCUCCCAAAUCUGGCUCCUCCACCACCGCCGGAAUUCAUAACUUCACCCCCAAUGCGAAAGCGUACAUCUAGUCAAUCUACAUCGUCGCUUAGUGAUCAAAGUGGCUAUGUGAGUAGCCGCAAGAGUAGCCCCGAAGACACGACUCCUGAACCAGUUAAGAACUACGACGAUCACGUACUUAAUGGUGAGCAAUUGCGGAUAAAACUGCAGAAAUUGCUGAAAGAUGAUCCAGAUCGGGAUGGUUCCAAUGAGAAAGAUCAACGCCAAGCCAAGAAGAAGAAUGAAGAACAAAAUGGUGACGUUUUGGUUCACAGAAAGACCUCCACAGUUACCGUUCAAAUGAAAGCAAAAGGAGAUGCAAAAUCAAAAAAUGAGCAAAAAAUCACAAAUGGUGGAUGGUUUGAAAUACCACCCGUACAAAAUGGCCUCCAUCCAUAUAUUAGAAAAGAACUUCUACCUCCGGAAGUGGCCUCACGCAGAGCCUCGAGUACAAAAUCUAAAUCCGAAUUCGAUCUCACAUCAAUCCCAGACAAUCAUCCAUUUGAGAAUUUACACCUACCACCGCCAAAGCAAUUUAUGGAUGCUCUACUGCCACCAGAUGAAUUUCGUGAUCCACCAUCGCGAACGGAAGAAGCCAAUGCUGCAGAAUCAAAAGACAUCAAAGCAAAAGACGUUGAGCAGUCAAAAGACGUUGAAACACCCAAAAUACGACCCAACUUACCAGCCAAUUCCAUUGACAAUCCUCUCUAUCACGUUUGUGAAGCCAUACGACCACCAAAGCCACCAAAACCGAAACCAAUGCUUAAAUCCCAGAGCAGUACGGAGCUUACGGUGGGUGUAAAGAAUCUCGUUGAGGUGCACAAUGCAAAGAAUAAGACAAGCACAGAGGAAGUAAAUAGCACGAAAACACCACAAAAUCCUCCGUUCCAACUUCUUGAAUUUGAAAAAUGUCGAGAAGAAUUUCGCAAACAGAUUAAGUACACCGGUGCUAUAUACUCCGACUUCCCAAAGCUCGCCUCUGAAUUACCCUACUUCCACAUAAGUGACGAAUACAGAGCCUUCUCACCUAAUGGCCUUCAUCUCAUUAUUUGCGUCCACGGCUUGGAUGGCAACUCAGCUGAUCUGAGACUCGUCCGUACGUACCUCGAGCUGGGGCUCCCGGGAGCUCAUCUUGAAUUCCUAAUGUCUGAACGCAAUCAAGGCGAUACAUUUUCGGACUUUGAAACAAUGACGGAUCGCCUUGUAGCCGAAAUUAUGUAUCACAUCGAAACGUGUGGCCUCAAUCCAGUUAGGAUAUCCUUUGUUGCGCACUCCUUGGGCACGAUUAUCGUACGAUCGGCUCUGGCACGUCCGCAAAUGAGGCCUCUACUUUCGCGUCUUCAUACCUUUCUAUCGCUCUCUGGACCACACCUGGGGACUUUAUAUAACUCCAGUGGACUUGUUAACAUGGGAAUAUGGUUCAUGCAGAAAUGGAAGAAGUCUGGCUCCCUCCUCCAGUUGUGCCUCCGCGACACAACCGACCUCCGGCAGAGCUUCCUGUACCGCCUUUCGCAGCGUAGCACGUUGCACCACUUCAAGAACAUCCUGCUCUGCGGCUCCAGCCAAGAUCGAUACGUACCACCCCAUUCUGCUAGAUUGGAACUCUGCAAAGCUGCCAUGAGGGACACAUCUACACUCGGAGUUGUUUACAGAGAGAUGGUCCACAAUAUUAUUGCACCCAUUAUGGCUCGCCCAGAGCUCACACUUGUGCGCUAUGAUGUUCACCAUGCACUUCCGCACACAGCCAAUGCUCUUAUAGGGAGAGCAGCGCAUAUUGCUGUACUUGAUUCAGAGCUGUUUAUUGAGAAAUUCCUCCUUGUGGCUGGAUUAAAGUACUUCAGCUAGCCUAAGACGACAACAUUUGAGCAUAGAGCUACUUCCAGGAUAGUUAUCCACAUUCUUGGUCUGACGAUGCGGCUAAAAAAACCACAAAGUGAUGAUAAAUUACUCGCUAUUUCAUUCAUUUCAUUAAGAUAAAUGAUGCGACAAUUCAUAAAAGAUUUUCUUAACAGCAUAUUUCUUUUGAUUGAGCCAAAUAUAUUGAGCAUUUGUUGACUCAAUUAAUUGUUUACUGGAUUCUUUCAGAUCAAUCCAUGAUCGUAAGUUGAUAUUGAGAUAAAAUUGAUUGAAUAUUGUUGCAAUAUUUACUCAAUUCGACCUGCAUUAAUGACUUUAAUUAAUGUUUUCGUUAAUAGAUCGCUGCGAAGCUGACUCAACUGAUUUAUUAAUCUUUGAUCAAUGUUUGAUCAAUCACAUUAACUCAAUUUUGCAUAGCUAAAAAAAUUGUUUACUGGGAUAGUAAUAAAAUAAACAAAAUAAACUGAUGGUAAAAAAUACAGUUUAUGGUGUGUAAAAUUGUUUAAUUUUAAUUUUUUGAACCACAAUUGACUAAAAAUAAUCCAUAAAACUAUUACAAACAUUAAAAUAGAAUUAAAAAUUUCGGAAACGUAUUAAAAUUGAGAAAAAAAUCAAAAAGGGUACACCUUCUGUUUAACCCAGUAAACAAAUGAUUAAGUCAAUUUAUGCUCAAUCAAGAUUGAUUCAAAUAUAGAUUGAUCAAGGAUUGAUCAACAAUUUUCAAAUCUAUUGAUUCGAGUACAUACAUUGAUUCAAUAAAAUUGAUCAAAUAUUGACAAAAAAAUUGACCAAACUCUCAGUUUUUUUAUUUAACUGCUAAAAUUCAUAACAAAAAAUAUUUUAAAUUAAAUUUCUUCAUUUUUUUCAAAUAAAAUCAUUUUUAUAGUUUCGAAGAAGAAUUUAUCAUCACCUUAACGCGAGAAUCUCAUAAUUUUGACAUCCUUAAUUCACUGCCGUGUCUUAUGGAUUAACAUUUUGAAAGUAUUCAAUAAAGAGACCAUUACAAAUCCCCUUCUAAUUUAUUCCUCCCCAAAGGAGCGAUACGUAAGAAAAAGGCUAAAAAAGGGGUAAAAAAAAAUAUACGAAUUGAUCAAUUAGAAUCGCUAGGACUUAAUAGGUGAGACUGACUUUCAAUUUUAUUCGUAGAGCUCCCCUCCGUGAGAUUUUUCCUUUAAUCAUUUUAAAGCAUUUUUGCCCUGAGAAUCUCAUUUAUUAGUUAAAGCUUAUUUGUUUUUUUUUUUUUUUUAAUAUAUUGAGGCAUCUGUACACUGUGUAACAUGAUUUUUGUGCCCAAUAUUGAUGUUCGAGAGUAUAUUACAGUGAUGUUUCUCCGCAGAGCACAACUGUGGAAUUUUUAAAAGUUAAUCAAAAAAAAUUCAAAAAUUAUUAUUUAUUUCUAAAAUUUUUUUCUGUGAUUAAAAUAAUAAUAAUAAUAUUUUCAAGUGAUUUCAACUUAACAUUGGUUAUAGAUUUUUUUUGUUGCACAGUGUAAUCUAGUAAUAAAAUUAAGAAAAAAAAAUAAAUAGGGAAUUUAACGAGUAGAGAAAUCAAUUAUUAAAAUGUAAAUCUUAUAAUCAAAAGAAUUUAGCUGAAAAUUUUGAAAUAAUACAAAAAAACAAUCUUGCAUUAAGUGCGGAUUUUUAAUUAAAAAAUUUAUUAAAUCAAACUGAUCGAAUCUCAAAAUUUGAACGUUUUUCGAAAAAAUUAGAAUGAAUGAAUUAUAUUAAAAAAAAAAGUUUUAGCAAUCGAAAUGACUCCUAAUUUUACUAAAAAAAAUGCUCUCUAGAAAAUAAUUCAUGGAAUUCAUGUGAUUUUAAUGAAAUUAUAGAGAAAUCGCAAGUUUUGUGGGAAAUCUUGUGAAAAAAGCUUAUGACAGAAAAAUCUUAUAAAAUUUAGAAUUACAAAAAAGAAUGUUAUUAGAAGGUUGGCUUGAAAAAUCGUUUAUUUUUUCAAUGUUUUUUAAUAUUUUAUUUUUCAUUGAAUAAAACAUUAAAUUACUUCUUUAAUAUUAAAUGAAAAUCGUCAUAAUUUAUUCUAUUUUAUUUUAAAAACAAUUAUAAAAUUUUCAAGCCGAAUUAAAUGUUGGAAUUUAGAAGAGAAAAAUGGAAUGUUGUAGUAGAAAGUGAUUUCUACAGUGGCGUCCCAGCAUAGCGAACUAUUCGUUGUACGAGACGCCAUCUGUAUUCAGUCCAGUUUAGACAAAUUAAACGGAAACUUAAAAUCUUUAUUACGUAGAAAAUAAAAUAAAUGAAAGAAAAACAUGAAAAAUAGAUGAAGGAUAUCGAUUAUACACCAUUAUUAAAAUUAUUGAAAAAUUUUCGAAAAAUAUAUUACAAUGUCGUAGAAAAUACUAUGUCGUGUUAACUGUAAUAAAAGUAGAAUUUUAUCCACGAGACGUUAAAGAAAAAAAAUAAAACUAGUGAAAUGAAA